CUAGCCACCAUGCUCCUAUCAUGAAUUUAAAUUGUUUUUGUUUCUUGUUUUUCUAUCAUUUUCAGAAUAUUUUACAUUCUAGCGAGGCUCCUCUACCUGAAUACAAAGCACAAGCCUUAAAAAAAUCUCGUUUUAUCCUGUCCCACUACGGAAUGUUUAGGGGAUGCUGGGAUUGGCUCAUAUUGGUUGCCACCUUCUAUGUGGCAGUAGCUGUUCCCUACAACGCUGCUUUCGUUAAAGCUGAUCGUCUAACCAUGGCUUCUGAUGUUAUUGUAGAAGCAUUGUUUAUUGUUGACAUUCUCGUGAAUUUUCGCACAACUUACGUGUCCUGCAAGGGUGAAGUUGUAUCAGAUUCUAAAAAUAUUGCCGUUAACUAUUUACGCGGUUGGUUCGUUGUUGACUUAUUUGCUGCUCUACCGUUUGAUCAUCUCUAUGCUAGCAAUGUUAUUAGUGGAGAGGAAUCUCAUAUACACUUAGUCAAAUUAACACGGUUGUUACGACUGGCACGAUUGCUUCAAAAAAUGGAUAGAUAUUCCCAAUACACGGCAAUGAUUUUAACGUUGUUGAUGCUAUGCUUUUCUUUAGUUGCUCAUUGGCUGGCUUGCAUUUGGUUUGUGAUAGCAGAAAAGGAAAGAUGGAUGAACGACAUGGAUUGGGACAUAGGAUGGCUGCAUACACUUGCAGAACGACUGAAAAUUCCAGUAGCAAAUGUUUCGCACGGCGAGGCCUACAUAACUGCGCUCUAUUUUACCUUCACAAGUUUAACAUCCGUUGGAUUUGGAAACGUUUCACCAAACACUAUAAGUGAAAAAGUUUUCAGUAUCAUAAUGAUGUUGAUAGGUGCUUUGAUGCAUGCAGUUGUGUUUGGUAAUGUUACAGCUAUCAUUCAAAGAAUGUAUUCAAGGCGGUCUCUCUACCAAAGCAAAUGGAGAGACUUAAAAGAUUUCAUUGUGUUACAUCAGAUGCCAAAAGAAUUAAAACAGCGUAUGCAAGACUAUUUUCAAACAAUGUGGUCAUUGAACCACGGCAUUGACAUUUAUGAGAUUCUAAAAGAAUUUCCCGAAGAGCUUAGAGGAGAUAUUUCUAUGCACCUUCAUCGCGAAAUUUUACAGUUGCCAAUAUUCGAGUCAGCUUCACAGGGUUGUCUCAAACUGUUAUCGUUACAUAUCAAAGCUAACUUUUGUGCUCCUGGUGAGUAUCUAGUCCAUAAAGGCGAUGCACUGAGUUAUAUUUACUAUAUUUGCAAUGGUUCGAUGGAGGUUAUGCAGAACGAUAUGGUUGUUGCUAUUUUAGGCAAAGGUGAUUUAGUGGGUUGUGAUAUAAGUAUACACUUAUUACAUAGCAGUCAGGUCAAUUCUGGCAAUCAAGGUCCACAAGAUGUGAUCGUGAAGAGCAGUGGUGAUGUAAAGGCUCUCACAUACUGCGACCUGAAAAGUAUUCAUUUAAGUGGUUUAGUUGAUGUGUUACGACUUUAUCCUGAGUAUCAGCAAGAAUUCGCUAGCGAUAUCCAGCACGACCUUACGUAUAAUUUACGAGAAGGAUAUGAAGCGGAAGAUGAAAUGGAAAACAAUGGUCCUUGCCUCGCAUUGCCGUCAAUUAGUGAAGAUGAUGAAAACCAAUCAGAUAUCGAAUCAUGUACAACGUCACCACUGAAUACCUCGCUAACUAAAUCGCCUGCUCACAAUACAAGCUUAAGUCCGCGUCAUGCAAAGCUUGUCCAUAGUCGCAAUAAAUCUCUCGUUGCUUUAAGAGAAAGAGUUGAACGGCAACGUUCGGUUCAGUCAGCCAUGCCACCUAGUUCCGUUAAUGAAAACAGCAAUUCUUUCGAAGGUCUUAACUUAGAAUUAAGCAAUAAAGAUAGACAAAAUCCAGCAUCUGAAUCGGUUAACAGACUCGAUACUCAAGUCACUUCUUUACAUAAUGACGUUGCUGCGCUGAGCAUAGAGGUUCGGAAUGCUAUCCAAGCUCUCCAAGAAAUGACUUUUUCUACAAUAAAUUCUCAAUUUGAUUUGGGACACUUUGCUCCUGCCCGAUCUAUACCAAAUUUGCAGAAUAAUGUUUCCGGCAUUAUAAGGGAAAGUGAUGCUACCAUGACUAGAAGCUCUUCUCAUCCUCCCGAGAUGUGGUGCAGAGAAAUGAAUGCUUUUGGAGAGAUAAUGCCCAGCCCAGAUGGUACAGAAACCUUCUCAGAUCAGAUGUAUAGACGAAAAUCGGUGUUAUCGCAGAAAAUUCUAGAAGAUAUAUCAUGCUCAACUCAAACGGAAAACGUCAUCGAUUUUGAAACUCUUGAAAAGGUAGUCCUAGCCCAUCCUCAUCUUGUUCUGAAAAUUUUGGGAAUUGAUCCAGUAUUCAACCACGAAGUCGAGAAAGGUUUUCCAUUAGAUACAAUAACGGAAGUAACCGAUUCAGGCUCAAUCAUUUCCUCCAAAGUAAAUGAACAAGUUGAGAAUAUCAAUAAUGUUAACACCAACUUUGCAAUACAACAACUUGAACAUAACCAAUCAAUCUACCACAACGUUAACAUAAACGACAAAGCAAUGAAAGACAUAUCUUCUUCGAUAUCGUUAACCGCUGAGAUGAAUCCGGCUGUAUUAGGAAAGAAUAUGCAGAAACAUGUGGACGAUACCAGUUGUGCCGUAAUCAUAGAUGAAAGCCUCCAAAUUCUGAAACAAUCAGCUGGUCAUCAUCUUUUGCGACGCCAGGAAACCAAGCACAGGUUUUCAGCCGGUGAUGCCGACAGCUUAGAGAAGGGUCUCCAAAAUAUAAACUCAUCGCGAUCACUCGGCGGUAGUUGAAAUCUUUACUUAUCCAUUUCUUUCUCUUCCAAAACAGGCUGCAUAGGAUCGUUGAUGUUUGCAAAACGUUACCUAAAUGUGAUGUAGAGAUUCUAAUUCUGACAAAUAAAUCUUUUGUUUUAUACAAAUAUUUCCAAUAUGAUUGAAAUCUUA